UGAAUCGUCUGGUGGUCGUUGCGGCCGUGUCGCCAUACACCCCAUAUCGAAGCGAUAGAAAUCGCCGUGGCCGCGUCGUCGUCGUUGCCGUCGUCUGUCUCUGCGUAGAGCGCGUAGUUUGAGCUCUGUGUUGGCCCCUUGUUUCUCACAUGCCGUCACCACCGUCAUCAUCAUCGUCAUCAUCGGUAUCGGCAGCUGCAUCAUUGGAAUCAUCAACGCGCAUUUCUUCGAUGUGCAAUUUUUUUUAGUGUGAAUGAUGUGCGCGUCGCGGCGCUGUCCGAGACCCGCGUGCUGAAGCUCUGACCGAUAGGAGAGACAUCGCCGGCAGAUGGAUUCGAAUUACCCCGCGUCGAAAUUGAAGCACGAAAGUAGUGACUAGUGACCGAAGAAGAAUAAACAGCGAGAGCUAUACUAAUUUUAAAACCCUUUUAACUAGUGUAACGCAGAAGUGGAUUAACGAGAAAGAGCCAGGAGACUGCGGCAGGAAAAUAGUGACGGCCAAAGGCCACAGUUUUCUCUAAGAAUAGUUAGUUUUGCCACCUCUAGACGCAAGAAGAAAUUAUAAUAGCGGAAUAUAUAAAAGUUGAAAUUUCUUUAUUUUUUGCCGGGCCUUUCAACGAAAAAGGAGCCAAUCCGAUUGUGUGAUGAGUGUCUGCGCGCGGAGUGAUUAUUUUUAGUAUAGAAAGCAAAGUGAGAAAGAGAGCCCACCCUCGAAAGGCAAAAAAAAAAGUGUAACAACAAGUGUUCUUACGUCUGCUCUGUACAUAUCGAAGCGAGAUGAAAGUGAUGAAAUAUCAUACGUAGAGUUGAGAGCGAAAAAGUAGUGUACGCGAGUGAAUUCGACUUUUUGUGGCCGAACAGCCAAAAUCGGAACUUCAGCCGAGCGCCAGGAGAAGGCGCCACCUGUGCCAAGUGUAAUACGGUCUCACUUUACGUUGGAUUCUCCACGCGGAAUCCACUAUGGAAAAAGCACUCGGAUCCGCACGUGAUCGUCCGAGAUACGGAUCCAGCAGAAGCAGUUAGCGGCUUCACAUGCAAUUGGUGGCUUUUCUCUCUGCACUACAUCGAAUACUGCACAACUAGUCUGAACAGUUCAUAGUAUCAGACAAACAAACUUUCGAGUAUCCCUUCUACACUGAAUCAACCAAUCGAACCGUUCUCCACACACUCGCGGUGAGCGUUUAUUCAUCUUCAUUUGUUUACACGCGAACUUGAGCUAUAACUCAUCAAGCGCAGCCACCGAUCGACCCUCGCGACCCAUAAGGAUCCGUCUAAUCUACGUCGUCUGCAGUCUACCGAGUGAGGGAGAAUACCUCUGAACAGCUCAGGAUCGAACAACUGCCAUCAACACUGUCUUGGGCAAGCAAGCCAAGGCUUCGGAGAUCUUUCGGAGGAUUAGUCGUAGGCUUGCUGUAGAGAAUAUAUACACACAGCACUUACCGCAACACGUGCACCACCUAACAAUCUCGUUUUGCACCACGUUCCUCUAACUAGUGAACCCAGUAGUAGCUGUAGCACUUUCGUGUACCUUAUUGGAUGUGAUUGGUAGUGGUAGUACAGUAGAUAUACCCGGUAGUACGUGUGUACGUGUGUAUUGCUUCAGCUUGUUGGCACAUUUUUCAGUACUCAUCCCAAACGAAUUGGAUCGAAUUGGAAGUCCCCCUCACCCGUUCAGUGACUAAUCACACCACCUGACAAUGGGUUUCAGCGUACGUAGGCCGUUGGGGCUGGGUAUCGGCGUCCUCCUCGUAAUCGCAUUAUCAGCGGCAACAGCGUCAGUAAAUAACGGUGGCAGUAGCGGCACGCCUUCGAAUCAGUCGGUUUAUGCAACGCCGAAGGCCAGUGGCCACCACGCGGAAGAUAGCGAUACUACCUGUCAGGAAGGAUUGUUAUUGCCCGUGUGGAUGCCACAGGAAAACUUGACCACGGGUGACCGCAUCGCACGUGGUAUGGUGUACUUCCUCGCAAUGAUGUAUCUGUUCAUCGGUGUGUCGAUUGUUAGUGACCGGUUUAUGGCUGCUAUUGAAGUUAUAACUUCGAAGGAGAAGGAGGUCAGAAUAAAGAAAACGGGCUGCGAGGACCAGAUUGUGGUGGUCCGCGUGUGGAACGAAACCGUAGCUAACCUCACCCUGAUGGCACUCGGCUCGAGCGCACCAGAAAUUCUCUUGUCAAUUAUCGAAAUUAUAGCUAAAAAAUUUACUGCAGGCGACUUGGGUCCCGGUACUAUUGUCGGUUCGGCUGCCUACAAUCUCUUCGUUAUCAUCGCAAUUUGCGUUCUGGUUAUACCCGACGGGGAGGUACGAAAAAUUAAACAUUUGCGAGUAUUCUUCGUGACGGCGACGUGGUCGGUGUUUGCUUAUAUCUGGCUUUAUCUCAUCCUAGCACAAUUUAGUCCUGGUCGUGUAGAUGUAUGGGAGGGUUUCGUCACGUUUAUGUUCUUCCCUGCUACGGUAGUGACGGCCUACAUCGCUGAUCGGAGAUUACUGAUAUAUAAAUAUCUGAACAAGCAGUACCGUAUGAACAAGCGUGGCGUCAUCGUACAGGUCGAGGCCGAGUCGGCGCUUGAAAUGAAUAAUCGGGACGAAAAAUUGAAUACUAUCGAUGAGAACGGCGGCAUAACGGAGGAGGUGCGCGACUUCGAGGAGUCGCGACGAGAGUACAUCUCCGCGUUGAAGGACUUACGCAAAAAAUACCCCCAACAUGAUCUCGAGCAGCUCGAGAUAAUGGCCCAGGAACAGUUGAUGAACAAAGGACCCAAGUCGCGUGCUUUCUAUCGCAUCCAAGCAACUCGCAAGAUGAUGGGCAGUGGAAACAUCAUGCGGAAGAUCUCCGAACGGGCACAGUCCGACCUGAGUGAAGUCAAAGCCGAACUGCAGCGCGUAGAUGUUGACGAUCCGAUCGAGGAAGACGUUCCCUGUAAGGUCUUCUUCGAGCCCGGUCACUACACGGUGAUGGAGUCGGUCGGUGCGUUCGAUGUGCGCGUCGUGCGUCGCGGCGAUUUGUCUUUCAAAAUUACGGUCGACUACGAAACGGAGGACGGUUCCGCGGAGGCCGGCUCGGAUUACAUUGGCAAGAAGGGCACGCUCACGUUCCCUCCCGGCGUCGACGAGCAGCGCUUCCAGAUCGAGGUCAUCGACGACGAAGUGUUCGAACAGGACGAGCACUUCUACAUACGCCUGAGCAACGUAUCCGAUCCGGCGAUGCUGUCCACUCCGAAGGUGGCUACCGUUAUGAUUCUGGACGACGAUCACUCGGGUAUCUUUGCUCUGGUCAGCAAGGACCACGAACUGGUCGAGUCGGUCGGCCAAUACGAGCUGAAGGUACAGCGGUACAGUGGGGCCCGCGGUACGGUGCGUGUACCCUACUGGACGGAGGACGGAACCGCAAAGACGGGCAGAGACUACGAGGAGCAGCGCGGCGAGCUGAUUUUCGAGAACAAUGAAGUCGAGAAAGUAAUCCAGCUUUGCAUCAUUGAGGAGGGCAGCUACGAGAAGGAUGUGCUGUUCUACGUGAACAUUGGCGAACCCAAACAAAGUGGAGAUGACGAAUUGGCAGGCCUCAUCGAGGCGGCGGAAUCGAAAGCCCCCGAGGAGCUGACGGAGGAGGACAAGAUGGCACUACUUGGCAGGCCCAAGGCCGGUGAUAUUGUCAGGGCACAACUUAGGAUAAAAGAAAGUAAAGAAUUUAAGUCAUUCAUUGCGAGGACGUUAAUCCUAAACACCGUAGAUAAGCUAGUCCAGCGAGCGAAUGCUUCCAUCCUGAUUGGUACCUCAUCGUGGAAGGAGCAGUUCAUCGAAGCGAUCACCGUCAGUGCGGGGGACGACGAUGGCGACCACGAGGGCGAUGAACCGCCAACACCAAGCUGUUCAGACUAUCUCAUGCAUUUCCUCACCAUCUUCUGGAAGAUACUUUUUGCCUUUAUUCCACCAACAGACAUGGCCGGCGGAUAUCUUUGCUUUGUGUUUUCUAUUUUCUGCAUCGGUGUGGUGACGGCCAUCAUCGGCGAUGUCGCGUCCCACUUUGGCUGCUCGCUGGGAAUAAAGGACGCCGUUACUGCCAUCGUGUUUGUCGCGCUGGGAACGAGUAUACCUGAUACGUUCGCCAGUAAGGUCGCUGCCAUUCAGGACAAAUACGCUGACGCCAGUGUGGGCAACGUUACCGGCAGUAACGCCGUCAACGUUUUCCUCGGUAUCGGUGUUGCCUGGUCCAUCGCGGCGGUCUACCACGCAUGGCACGGGCGAGCCUUCGAGGUGCAACCGGGAACAUUGGCCUUCUCGGUGACUCUGUUCUGCUCUGAGGCACUCAUAGCGAUCCUUGUGCUGAUACUGCGCCGGAACAAGAAGAUCGGCGGUGAACUAGGUGGUCCCAAAAAGGCCAAAUAUGUGACGGCGGCCUUCUUCUUCUCGCUGUGGAUCAUCUACCUGGUGAUUAGCAGUUUAGAGGCGUACGGGGUGAUUCAGGGUUUCUAAACGCCUGAACGAAGGUGUCACUUCGCAACCACACACCAUACUUACUCGUUCGCAGCACUACGCAACCACCUAUAUCGAUUCCAUGUGUUUUUUUUUGUGUUUUAUCGUUAUUUUUGGAAGUAAGGCGUGUAGAAGGUGCGACAGGAGGAGAGAUCUUAAAAUUUUUUGGAUCCAAAGAUGUGUAGCGGGCGCCCAGUUUUAUUUGCUUACCGUUUGGAGUCUAGUCUCCCAUAUUUUAUGUUAAGGGAUAGGUAUAUACCAUAGGAAACUAUCCUCCACUGCGGAAGCAAGUGAAAUACAAGACAUUUUAGUUUACUACCUGUGUAUUGUUGAUAAUAAGAGAUAAGAGAGCGUUAUAGUUUUUAGAUGUUAGAGGCAGCAGAUGCGCCGUUCACGAAGUAAGCAAGGCUCCCU